AUGGCCUACUUUUCCUACAACCACCACGCCCACAUCCUCGGCUCCCGUUCCGUAUUCGACAAGCUCAAGAGGCUCUGCAUCUGCGAUGGCCGCGGCUCGAUACGAAGCCAAGACUUUAGCGGUCGCUAUCGGCCUAACUACUGGACGCUCUCCUGCGGCUUGCCUCCUAUGGUCAUCGGGGAUGAGCAAAUCGAAGUCAGAUUGUACCACGUCGAAUGCGACGAGGCUGGAGCUCUACCCUGCGGAAAGUGA